AUGACUACACCUUUACCACAGGGACUGAUUAGAGUUGUAUCAACUUUACAGACGGAGGUCCCGUCCGAUCCUACUGAUGUUAUCUACGACCGAAAACAGGCACUCCACAAUUUCUGGAAGGUACACGAAAUUCAAAGUCGAACAACACGGCAUGCCUCGGACAUUCGAUGCUGCUAUUUAUUCUGGCGGGUAUGGGGUGAACCUCGACUGUCUACCUCUCUGAGCCAGCAUACUAUGACGCGGUUGUGGCUGCAAUGCCAACAACCACCGAACCUGGAUCCUUUCGUCUUGCGCAUCGAAGGUUGUUCUGGUGGCCGCAAAUCGCCGCUCACAAGGGACGAGAAAGCUAUCAGCAAAAGAAUUCCGGAGGAGUCGCAACAUUUCGAAGAUUCUCAAGCGACAUAUCAAAAUCAAGCGACCGCUCAGCACGACGGAAGAGCUAACAUCUCACAAGAUGAUGCGCAAUUGAUCGACCGACGAGACAAGACAAGAGUCUCGUCACGAACGUCAGAUAUUAAGCCUGGUCUCACGAGACAGCCAAGUGGUGAGAGCGCUCGGAAGCGCUCUGGUCCUGGUAGUACUGCAGCACGCGCCCGAGCUCGGCCUUCAUUGACACGCAAGAAAAGUAGCCAGACAUCGCAACCCUCAGAGGAGACCAGCCGUCCUCGUCGACCAAUACUCAAAAGUCCUCGAUCCUCCCAUGACGAUCAAAGCCUUGCGGAAGAACCGUUCGAUAGUACCUCUAUUACACAACCAGGGACAAACGUUGAUUACAAGACUACUACACAGUCACCCACACGCAAGAUGUCGGCAUUUGAACUCCCAUCAGCCUCCUCCUGGCAGUCUGUAGAAUCUCAAGAGCAGCAUAGAACAACUACUGUUAUAUCGUCCAUGGCCACGAAAUCUUCGCUUAUGGUUGACCAGGAUUUCCGAGAGAAGUUUGUGGAAACACAAAAGGUCUUACGCUCCACAUCCAAUCUGGUGGGCGCCAUAAGAAAGACAGGCUCAGUCGUUCGAUUUGCGUCUGACGUGGACGUGGCUGAACAGUCACGAGAGAACAUAGCUUCGGGUCGACACAGAGGCCUUGCAACCUCGAAAAACGAGGGACCAUCUUCACAGGCAUUUUCUGAAACCUCGGCCUCAACGAAGCGGCCCGGAACCUUGAUAAGGUACGAUAGUGCCGGUAGUGUCGCUGCAGUAUCCGACGACGACGAAGAGGAAAAAGACAAGGAGGACGAAGAGCCACAAUCUACCAGCAUGGUGCUACCACGUACGAGAAGCCAACUCUCUCUUGGUAUCGCCGACCUGAAACGAAGCCAAAGCAUGCACGAGCAUGGCGUUGCGGAUGAUGGUCUUAGAGUCACAUCUCCGCAGAUUGAGAAGGACCAGCAAGCUCUGAUAUCAGGCAAGGUCGCUAAACAGAAAAGCGAAGAGGACGAGAAACUGCUCGCAAUGGCCUGGAAGGAUGGUGUUACCAAGGCAGGAGGUGUUAACCUACCAAAAGAGCUUACAGUACGAGGAUCGCGAGAUCCUGACAAUACGUUUCCAGAACCAGAAGCCCCGACGUUCUAG